CGGUUGCUAGGGGAGGCGGCGGGCGGCCAUGGCGGCGGCCGCAGAAAUUAUUUCCUUGGAAGAAGCCAAUUUUGUUAUUUCAGGAUGUUAUUGGUAGAUAAAAGACUUCAAAACUUGCAGAUCUACAAACUUCUCCAGUGUGUUCACCAGAAAGACAGGAAGCAAAUAGAAAAGCUGAUCAAGCUUGGAAUUCCAGAUCUCAUUAAUUUCACAGAGCCUGUGGAUGGAUACAGUGCCCUUCACUUGGCCUGCAUUAAAAAUGACACCAACAUGUGCAGCUUCCUGCUAGAACAUGGAGCUCAUCCAGAUGUCCAGGAUAAAAUGGGAUGUACUCCAGCGAUGAAGGCAGCUGAGCUAGGACAUGACUUGGUUUUGGACUUAUUAGUAAAAGCUCAAGCAGACAUGACUGUUGUUGAUAAUGAAGGAAGAAGUAUUUUGUUUUACAGCAUUUUACCUACAAGACGGCACUGCCGCUGCACUCAGAUUGCCUUGGAAUAUGGUGCAGAUGUUAACAACAGCACUACUGAGGGGAAGCCUGUAUUUGUACAAGCCUGUGAGCAAGCCCAAGGGAUUAAAGAAAUAUGCCUGAAUUUUUUGGAAAGAGGAGCAGAUCCCAAUGCAAUAAACCCAGCUACGGGUCGCACAGCCUUAAUGGAAGCAGCAAGAGAAGGUGUUCUUGAGUUGGUGCGUGGUAUACUUGAGAGAGGAGGAGAUGUUAAUGUAUUUGACCUUGAAAGACACAGUGCUGCACAUUUUGCAGCCAAAGGAGGCUUUUUUGAGAUUCUGAGGGUAAUUUCAGCUUAUAAUGGAGACGUGGGUCUGAUCGCUAUGAAUGGGAACACACCACUUCAUUAUGCUGCAGAGGGAGGGUUUGCAGAUUGCUGCAAAUUUAUAGGACAAAGAGGCUGUGAUCCUACAUGGAAGAACUUAUUAACAAAGACCCCAAGAGUCAUUGCCAAGGAAGGUGGUUUUAAAGCAGCAACAAAAGAAUUGCGUAAAAUUGAAAAAAUCUUUGCUAAACGUUCCAAGCCUGGAGCAAAGGAUGACAAUCCCUGCUGGGCACUGAAGUUAUACGACUGGUCCUUGGAACAUCAGGCUGCCCUCCAUGAGGCGUUUGAGAUAUUCAACCAGGGAGAUGGAACAGUAACUAAAGAUGAUUUUAUAUCAAUUAUUCGGAAACGGUGUGCCUUUGUAGAUGAUGAACAAAUACAAACUGUUGCAGAAAAGCAUGAAAUAUCUCAUGGUGCAGGAAUCAGCAUUGAAGAAUUUUUUAAAGGCUCCAAAUACUUGCAAAAAGCCUAUCUCAUCACAUCUUUUGGACCCAAAAAGAAGAAAGGGAAGAAAGCAAAAGGCAAGAAAGGCGUCACAAUCCCAGUGCCGAUUUGCGUCAUUCCAGAGAGCACAUGUCCACGUAGAGAAGAUGGCCUCCCUGCGUACAUGAUUGAGGCUUUUCAGAACGUCACUGAUAGCAACCGUUUUACCCAGUACCACCCAUCUACCCAUCCUGUGCAUGAUGACCGUGCAUGGUAUAUAGAUGAACCAAGGAAAAUGUACAUGAAUAUUAACUACCUUGUCAGAGCAGGAGACAUUCUGUCUCUCAAGAAGGCAUUUGAGGAGGGUGUGCCAAUAGAUGUAAGAGAUAAAUAUUAUAAGACACCUUUAAUGGCUGCAUGUGCAAGUGGGAACAUAGGUGCUGUGAAGUAUCUUUUGGAAAAGGGGGCUGAUGUAAAUGCAAGGGACAAUUUCAUGUGGACUCCUCUCCAUCAUGCAUGCCAUGCAGGACAACUAGAUAUUGCUGAACUGAUAGUGAAAGCUGGAGGAGCAGUGGAUGCACUUGCGAUUGGCAAUUCAACUCCACUAAUGAGAGCUAUUGAGAUCUGUAGAUUGGAUAUUGUGCAGUUUUUAAUCGAUGCAGGUGCUGAUGUCCAAAUGACAAACAGAAAUGGAGAAAGUGUUGUUGAUAUUGCAAAAGCAUUUGCAGAUUCUAGAAUAAUUGAUCUGCUUCAAAAUAAACUGGAUCAUUUGCCAAAAGUACCAGAAAAAAAAGCAGAGAAAGGAAAGAAAGGGAAGAAGGUCGCCAAGCCAAAGUCGCCUUCUAAACCGAAGCCUGUAGAGGUAGAAACUGUGAAAAAAGAGCCUUCACAGGUAUCUCUGACAGUUGUGGAAAAAUCCGUUUUUGAAGAGGGGACACAAUCCCUUAAGGACAGUGUUAUUCAUCUGCAUUCUUUGAUAACCAGUGGUGCUACUAAGAAAGUUGACAUCACGUUCAAACCCAAGAAAAUUUGGACUCCUGAAGACACAACAGAGGAGCCAAUAAGAAAGCGAGAAUUGCUCCGUGAACAUUUGGCUUUUGAUGGGGACUCUGAAAACUCUGAAAACUUCAUGACACCCUUUAAGAGGAAUUUUAUGGAAAAAGCACAUCAGCUAGAAGAAGCUACUUCAACACAUACUUUGGGGGUACAAAGAUCAAAAAGGGCUACUCCUUUGUAAGAGGGGAAUCAUGUAGCCUUUAGUAAAUGCAUUUCAGUUAUGAUAUAAAAUUGUAGCAAGUUUUUCCUCAGGCUUAGUCCUGAAAAAGAUUUAUCCUCUUGAGAUUCUGAAGUCUUGGCACUGGCUCUGUGUACUUUACGGAAUGCCUACUACUGUGGCACACAUCCUUUUUCUGCAUAAAGCUACAGCUUUAUGAGGCUAUUUUUGGUCCCAAGAUAAGACUCCUCCCUAGAAGAUGUGCUGUCUUUUACCUUUUCUGCCGAAGGGUAUUAAAAUAUAAAAAUAUGAACAUAGUAUUUCAGAAAUCUGAUAAGACACAGAGAUAUUCCUAGUUAUCUGCAACAGAGGCAAGAGAAGAUUCAGGUCUUACUACUACCAGGAUUACUACUGUCCAGUGAACAGUUUUCAUAGUCUUACAUGCUUGCAAACCUUUCUCCUCAUUCGCUGCUAAUGUAUUGCCCACUUGCACUGCUACAGCAUAACGAUUACUCAGGACCUCUACACAUUUUCAGCACACUGUACCCUAAACCUUGAAAAACACUCACAGGUUCUAUGAAUGCACAUUCUUGCGGUCAGAGCUACAUCACAGCUAAUCCAAAUCAAUACUUGCCCUCUGAAAGGAAUGAAGUCAGUGGAUGUUGUUCCUGUCUAUAAAAGGAGAUCUUUAGGGGAACAAAAUUGUGGUCUUGGGAAAUGAACUGACCAGCCUGCCUUAAUUUGGCAUGAAGAAAAGGCACUAGAAGUUCAUUGUAGGGAGUAUGAAAUGCUGAGGUUUGUGUCCAAGGAUCAGGACAAAACAGUUCUGCUGAGGAACCACAUCCCUCUUGAGUUCUGCUGAGUGAGCCUGCAAAAUAGCUGACAGCACAGAAGUGAGGUUGAAAUGGAGCUUCAAAAAGUGAAUAAGAAGUGACAAGCUUUGGGUAGGCAGAAGGCUGAAAAUAAUAGGAAUGUUUAGCUUAGAGGAAACAAGCGAGAAGUGCCAUGAGAGAUAUCUAAAGCAGCAAAGAACACAGAGAAGUGAAUUGAACAUCCAAUCUAUCCUUUCUCAAGAUAGGAUAACAUUCACAUUACUGAAGAACCUUGAAAACAACACACAGAGAUACUAAAUAAUACUAUGUAAUGUGCAAGUAGCCUGUGGAAUUCUCUGCCCAAUUAUCCCUGGAAACCCAAAAAACAAAAACAAAACUUUACGUAGAUUGUGAGAAGAAUCUAGUUAACUAAUGCAUAAGGGAUAAAAUCCCUUGUGUUUCAGGACCCCAGCUAAUUACUGCUUGCACAUGAUAAAGUUUUCUAGCAGUACAGUUCAUUGAUUGAUGUCUUGUGUCUCUUAGAAAAGGCACUGGCAUAGACAAAUAUCGGAAGUUAGAUCAGUGUUUGAUAGUACCUGUUCUUUAUUUUUAUGCUGUGAGAUUAACAAAUGUCUGGUUCAAGAGUGCAACUACCUUUGAAAAUUUGUUUAAGUUAUUAUUACUUUUUCUUUUUUAAAUUGCAAGUCAACAUCUGCAGAAUCUGAGCUUCAAGUUGAGUUCCUUUCUUCUGGUUCAUCACCACCUGUAGUAAGGAUUGCGCAGGCCAAGUGUUGCCCUAGUUGAUGUGUGACACAGCAUUUCCAUUUCUGAAUUUUCCUAGGCAUGAGAAGAGCAGAAGUGCUCUUGAUGGUGUCUUGGGGAAAAGAUUGCCCCUUCACCUUCUUAAAGAAGCUGUCUGCAUGACUCUGCAAGCAACUUUAAAAGACCCAGUGACUUCUUUUUAACUCAGGCUGCACACAGAAGUAUGGAUACCUGCUAAAUACUGCAUCUAAGACAAACGUGAAAUGGAUAUGUCCAGUAAGAUACUACUUGUAUUUUCAAAUACCAUUGCUAAACAUAUUUGUGUUAAUGUGGUUGUAGAUCAUUAAUUUAUUGAGAUAUUCUUGAAGUACCUUGUUGUAUUUUUAGUCUUAAUAUUCCAGUAUAAAGAAAGACUUUAAAGACAAAUAGGAUACCAUUUCAACAUACUGGCUGUCUUGGUAUUCUUAACAUCAGUGUCAUAUCUUCACCUGUC